GUGAGGACGGGCGGUGCUUGUGUGUGCUGACGUCAGAGCAGGCUGUGACUACAGAGCAGGCUGAAGCACACACACGGGGAGCGGCGCCGCCAUGCACUAACUACCCCUCUACCUCUCGGACCGACAGCCAGUAGCCCGACAUGCUCGGUCCAGGGUGCCCGUUGUUGUAUUAUUUCACUGACACAAGAUGUGAAGAUAGAGUACGCGUGGUAAAAUGGCGAGGUUUUGAGCCGUACUUCUUCUUCUCGCUCGGUGUAGCGUGGCAGCAGCAGCAGAGCACCGAGAGGCGGUGGAUUGUCUCCAAAGUUGUCGGUUAGAGAGGAGGGGAGCGCGCGCGUGUGUGUGUGAAGGAUCGGAAUUAAAGGCGCAGUGCAGCCGUUAACAGCCGUUGGUUGUAGCCGUCGCAUGGUUACAACCGUUGGUUUCAGCCGUUGGUUGUAGCCGUUGGUAGCCGUUAACCAUGGAGGAGCAGCAGCAGCAGCAGCAGAGCGACCUGGACCGGGACCGACAGUACUGUGAACUUUGUGGGAAAAUGGAGAACCUCCUGAAGUGUGCUAGGUGCCGGAGCUCCUUCUACUGCAGCAAGGAGCACCAGAAACAGCACUGGAAGAAGCACAAGCUCAACUGUAAAGAGACUGAAAAGAAACAGAAGCUUCUUCAUCAACCGUCAGGAGAUGACGACGACGACGACAAGGCACCGGAGAAAAACCGGGAUAAGAUAAGUCCCGACAGCGCAUCUCCACCACAAACCACAGAAGAAGCACCUGGAGACGGUGAUGAGGACCGGUCCAACACCACCGCCACCACCACCGCCGCCGCCACCACCACACGUAACGGACAGACCAGCUCGUCCCCUCAGAAGCUCGCCACGGAGUGCAUAGUACCGUGUAUGAACAAGCACGGCAUCUGCGUGGUGGACAACUUUCUAGGAACAGAAACCGGGCUGGGCAUCCUGGAUAAUGUCAAAGCGCUGCAUGAGACCGGCAAGUUCACAGACGGACAGUUGGUGAGUCAAAAGAGUGACUCCACUAAAGACAUCCGAGGGGACAAAAUCACGUGGAUAGAGGGGCGCGAGGCCGGCUGCGAGAAGAUCCGCAUUCUAAUGAGUCGCAUGGACGACCUGGUUAGACAUUGUAACGGCAAACUGGGAAACUACACAAUAAAUGGAAGGACGAAAGCAAUGGUGGCGUGUUACCCUGGAAACGGGACAGGAUAUGUGCGCCACGUGGAUAACCCUAACGGCGAUGGACGGUGUGUCACAUGCAUAUAUUACCUUAAUAAAGAUUGGUCUGCCAAGGAACACGGUGGGCUUCUUCGGAUCUUCCCCGAAGGAAAGGCCCAGUUUGCCGACAUAGAGCCCAAAUUUGACCGUCUGCUGCUGUUCUGGUCCGACAGACGGAACCCUCACGAGGUUCAGCCCGCCUUCACCACCAGGUAUGCCAUCACGGUGUGGUAUUUUGACGCAGAUGAGCGAGCCAGAGCUAAAGAAAAAUACUUAACGGGAGAAAAGGGAGUAAAGGUUGAACUUGGCAAACCUUCAGAUCCCAGCUAGUGGGAGGCCUGCGUCUCCUGCAAACAGCCAUUAAGUGCUCUGUCCUAAGAAAGUGGCCUACAGAGAGCAUGUGUGUGUGUUUUACAUGGCAAAAAAACAGCAGACUUUUUGCGUGAGUGAGUAGAAGAUCCAUUCUCAUGGAGACAAAACAAACAAAAACAGAGAUUUCUGUUCGUUUUCAGCAAACCGGGGCAACCCAGAGGACCUUGAAUGUCAUGACAUUGUACUGAAAGGGAUUGUGUGUUUUGUUUUUUUUCCCUUUCACCUCUUCGGUGGAGAGACAUUUUCCGAAAAUCGACAGGAAUUAAGCUCCCAGAGAUCUACAUCUUUUGCAUAUUGGCUUUUGCAGUUAAUUCCUUAAAGGUACAGUGUUGUGCAUAUGCUUAAUGUGUUAUGCUUUUCACAUGGAAUCAGCUGUUUUAAGCUACUGUAUUGCAAAAUGUACUUGAGGUUGCAAUAAUAUGAGGAAUGAUCUGAAUUAAAAACACCCUUUUUCUGACAGAAGUUUGGUCUUAGUUUGAAUUCAAUCAUUUGCAGCAUAAUAAAUGCUAACUGUGUCCUCCUGCUCUCGCUGCUCUUUUGAAUUAGCACAGAUUUAUGGAGAAACAUACAUCUGACUGUAUACCUGCCUCUCAAGCUGUUCUAUUUGCACUAUAUGCAGUUUCAUGCUGCCCUCUGCAGGCCUACAGUGUAUUGCACCUAUUAUUUUGUCUGAUUUUUCUGGACCUGAGCAUAAAUACGAUUCCCUAUGAUGGAAAUAAAAUUCUUCACACUGAAAAGUGAGAGGAAAAACAUACUUAACUUUUCGGACAACCAUCACCAAAUACAACUUUUUUUCCCCCAGUCAAUACUGUCUGCAGAGUUGUCUUUACUGCUCUGAAAACUACAGCAUGUCACUAAAACUGAAAAUAAGAUAAUGUGAUUAAAGAUUUUAGUAAAUUGAUCAAGUGGUAAGUGACACUAUCAGCCAGUAAAUUAUUGUAUAAAUGACUUUGCAAAUUGAUUAUUAAGGGUAUCUAAUGUCAUGCACUAUGUACCAGAGUUGCCUAUUUGUUUCAGCCAUUGAUUUAAUUGGCUUUUUAUAUUUUGAUUUUCUGCAUUAGAUGUCAAACAAAUCAGUGCUCUGAUGAAUUGAGUCACUAAUCUAAUUAGUAACAUUUUAAAACCAAUACAGACCUUUUUUCCCCCCGAGAUAAUCUCUAAACCUCACAAGUACACAGCGAGAAUGUUCCCAUGUUGUAAAUUAACAAUAAAUCGCUUUCUACAUUUUUAAAAGUAUUGUCUUCUGUUAAGUUCCUGGGUACAUGAUGUAUUUAGUUCUUUUAAAAUGCAACCAUCUUUGAAAACAGCUCAUCAAUAAAAAAUGGGGAGAAG